UCCGUUUUUCCUUUUGAGGUACGGAACCCUAAAAACUAUUAAUUUAACCCAUUAACGUGGUUAAGUACUAAAUUAGGUAAUAAUUAAGAAAAUGAUUGUUCGAUUUCAACAUCAGACGUCGAAAAGUUAUAAUGUCUACCAGAACGUAUUUUUUGUUACUUCUUAUAAUAAUGUGCUCUACCAAUUUUGUUAGUGCAAGGAAGAAAAAAUCUGCAAAGCCAUAUAAUGAGACCAAGCCGAGCUCGAAAUACGACAAUCCUAACUUCAUCCGGGAUAGAUAUCAUGAUGAAAUAUGGAAGCCAAUAAUGAAUGAGUCUUGGGUGAACCGUUUCAAGAAGCCCUUCAAUCCAGUGUGGAUGGAUUACUGCGACCCCUACCAUUGCAACGCCUACCACAAACCCGCGUGUGGCUUGAACAGAAGAACAAUGCGGUUCAAGUGGUUCCAAAGUAGAUGUCAUAUUCUGUUGAAUAAUUUGUGUGCCUACUAUCGAGGAGCUCUCAAAUAUGAUAUAGUGGAUACUCAACACUGCUUGAGAUACGUAAUGUUCUUACGUGUCGGCUGUCCGACAGUCUGCCCCGACAUGUUGGACCCAAUCUGUGGCGUCAGUUCAGUAGACAACCAAGUCGCGAUUUUUAUGAAUAAAUGCACCAUGGAUCGGGCGAAUUGUAGACGCAGGUUUUCGGAUGUGCAAUACAUAACUGAAUCCAGUUUCAAAAGCACUCUCAGCCAAAGAGAAAGAAUAAAAAUACUAAGACACAAAAUAAAAGAAGAAAUACGUUCAAAAACUAAUAGGUCAAGUCUUAUAAGCCCUUUGGACAUUGAAGAUUCUUCAAUAGAAGAUUUAGAUUAUAAGUUAAACGAACGUUUACCGAUUACCCCCAUAAUCGAAAAUACAGUUAAAUACAAAUCUCGCGGGCUAACAACUGUCAAGUUUGACAGCAAAAUUGGCGGGAAAGCGGCCAUAGACAAAUCUCAAGAUGGCGGCGCAGGCAAAGAGAAUAAAACACUCGGCCAAUUACGUUCCCAAAAAAGGAUUCAGAAAAAAGUUCGCGUUAGAAAACCUUUAGAGAUUUUUUAUAGACGGAUUUAUAAUAAGGAACUGUUUGAGCAACAUUUGGAUUGGGUGCAUUGUCAAGAUAUUAUUACGCCAUUUCUCACUGGCGCCAUGGUUAAUUUAAGCAAUCUGAAAGCGAAGAGAACGAAUGAUCCUACUGUUGUACGGCUCAUCUCACUCCUUAAUGUGAACACGACGACCUAUGGCAGGGAUGAUGUGUACGCCAUUUUGUAUCAGAUCAGCCAACUAAAAUUACGCUUCUUUCAAUGGGACGUCUCUUCGAUAAAGAUGUUGUUUAACGUUAUCAUUAAACAGAAAAUUCACACAUUCGGCAGCCUAAAGAGGGGGUUACGCGAGCUGUUCAGCAAGUGGCAGCUGGACUUCAGCAACACCACCACGCUGCUGCGGCAAGCGAGGAUCUUCCGACCACCCUGUGUGUACACCGCUACUUUUGACGGUUCAACAAAAUCACCAAAAGUGACGAAAUAUCCGAAGAAAAACGAAAAACCUACGACGGUUUGUGAAUACGACGAAGAAGAUUGUAAAGAUUGAUAGAUUUAAUUUAUCAAUGGUUUUUGUUAUACAUACUUACUGAAAUAAAUAUAAUUCAUACCUCUAA